AUGUUUGAAUCAAUCUACUUAAUAUUUUUCGGAAUCGUUGGCUUAACGUCCAUCAAAAUCAAGCAACCCCGAUCAUCAAAUACACCAAAACUCAUCAAAUACUCACAAUCUCGUAUUGGUUACUUCUACCUAAUUUUUCUGAUAAUUCUAACCUUUGGCUUGAGUGUCCUCUUCUUUAUGCAUUUAACAUCCGAAAAUAUCGCAGCUGAAAAUCCGCUAACACUAAAACUUAGAAUAUCAAUGCGCGUCGCUCGAACACUGACGAUUUUUGUGAUCUGGUUAAAUUGUUUCUUCAAGCAAUCGCAGAUAGUGGACACAGCGAACAGCUACCUUCGGAUGAACACCGAAGCGGUCAAAAUCUACGACGACAUUAGUAAAUCUAAAUUCAAGACCAAGCAUGUAAUUUUUUACAUCCUAAUUGUGGCUCACCUGAUAUUGUUAGUGUCAAGCAUCGCUACUUCGUACCUCUGCAACGGAAUUUUUGACAUCAGAAUUCUGACUAAUGUCUUCGAUUUUGUAAUCUCGGUGCAUAUUUUCCAGUACGCGACUAUAUUAGCGGUGAUAAAAACCAAAUUUGAAAGCAUGCGUUUGAAAUUGGCCGAACUGGCGGAAAUUUAUAACGCGCUGCAAGCGUAUGUAAUCGUUGAAAAAGAUAAAUAUUUGAAGAUACUUCUGCAAGUUAAGACUAUCCAGCGCAACCAUGCUGAGCUUGCAGAUAUAUGCGACAGUAUAUCGGAAAUUUUUGGAAUUUCAGUACUUUUUUCAUUGGCGUAUGUUUUUGGAACGACUGUACAUUACUCUUACUUUGUAAUUUCGCAGAAUUUCGUUCAUCCGAAUAGAAAAUCUAUGGUGUAUACCAUAGAUACUGUUAUACCUCUUGCCAGGUUCAUCGUUUCAAUCACGGCUUUUUGUGUUUUAGCAAACGAUGUAGGAACGCAGCAGAAAAAUAGUACAUUACACGGAGAAAAUUUUAUAGUAGAGUUUAUUAUCUAG